CGACCCCAGAGCAGAAGCAAGCAUUAGCCCAUUUAACGCAGCAGUAUUGCGGAGACCGCGACCGGCAUAGGAGUAAGAACUGGUCCGAGUGAAAAAUUUCUUCCUUAUCUGGAAGUGAAAUCGAUUGGACGACGAUGGCUUUGUCGCGACUUUUUCCGACCACUCGACUGCUUUGCCAGCAGAGAUUACCGGCUGUUCUAUGCAUGUCUUCGAGGGGUAUUUCUGCCGACUCAACCGACCUUAAAACGGUGCUUGCUGAUAAAAUCGCUGUUGAGCGUCUCCGAGUGAAGGAAUUCCGGCAGAAAUGUGGCUCUCAAACCAUUGGCGAAGUGACCAUCGACAUGAUGUACGGAGGUAUGCGCGGUAUUAAAGGACUGGUCACGGAAACCUCGCAUCUUGACCCAGAGGAGGGCAUCAGCUUCCGGGGAUACACUAUUCCUCAGCUUCGCGAGAAGCUGCCAAAAGCCCCUGGCGGCGAGGAACCCCUGCCUGAGGGUCUUUUCUGGCUCUUGCUCACUGGUUCACUUCCUACAGAAGCCCAGGUGAAGGCCGUGUCACGUACCUGGGCUCAACAGGCUGAUCUACCAUCGCACGUGGUUACAUUGCUUAACAACUUACCCGCAUCUGUGCACCCUAUGAGCCAGCUCUCUGCUGCUAUCACGGCCUGCAAUACCGAGUCGAAGUUUGUCAAGGCCUAUAACGAUGGCGUAAACAAGAUGGCCUAUUGGGAGUACGCUUAUGAGGAUUCCAUGAACCUGAUUGCCAAACUGCCGACGAUUGCGGCUAUAAUCUAUAAGAAUGUCUACCGUAACGGAGAGUCCGUACCCCCCAUCGAUGGUGACAAGGAUUGGUCAGCAAACUUCUGCAAGAUGCUGGGUUAUAAUGAUCCUCAGUUUACCGAGUUGAUGCGUCUUUAUUUGACCAUUCAUUCCGAUCACGAGGGUGGUAAUGUAUCUGCUCACACGACCCACCUUGUCGGUUCAGCUCUUUCGGACCCGUACCUGUCACUUGCUGCAGGUAUGAACGGCCUUGCUGGACCGCUCCACGGCCUCGCCAACCAGGAGGUGCUAGUCUGGCUUUCGAAAUUGCAAAAAACACUUGGUAAAGAUGUGUCUGACGAGCAGCUUAAAGAAUUCGUUUGGAAGACACUCAAGAGCGGGCAGGUUGUGCCUGGUUACGGACACGCCGUACUUCGAAAGACUGACCCCCGGUACACCUGCCAGCGUGAAUUCGCCCUGAAACAUCUACCAAACGACCCGCUGUUUAAGCUGGUUGGACAAAUCUACAAGAUCGUCCCCGACAUUCUUUUACGACUCGGCAAGGUCAAAAACCCCUGGCCCAAUGUCGAUGCCCACUCUGGUGUCCUGCUUCAGUACUAUGGCAUGAAGGAGAUGAACUACUAUACAGUUCUGUUUGGAGUGUCGCGUGCUUUGGGCGUUCUUUCGUCGCUUGUGUGGGAUCGUGCACUUGGCCUUCCUAUUGAGAGACCCAAAUCAAUGACCACUGAAGGCCUUAUGAAGCUCUGCGGCUUAAAAUAAAUAGGUGAAAUGCUCCUAACCGAUCUCGCUCACUCUUUAAAUGGCCGUUACGAUCUGCGAACUCCAAAAUGGAAUAGGCUUCAAGGUAGCAUGAGUUCAAUCUAAGAAUGAACACGUAAGAAUGUAUCGUUCCGUGAUGUAUGAUUUUACGUUAAGGGAAGAAGCGACUUUGUGCGGAAGAAAUGCGAAGUGGAAUCGCAUUGAUCAAAUGUUCAAUAACUUCAGUUCUUCUAAACUAAAAGAAAAAUAAGUUCAGCAGCAAGAAGUUCAAAACGUAUCACCCGUUGGAAAAAUAUGGGACUAGUUCAUACGCCUCUCUGGGAAAGCGUCGUUGAAAUGAAUAUGUAUAUGUAGAAUUUAUUGUCGGAAAAACAUGGAAGGGGGCUAUUUUUACAAAGAAUUCUCUUUCUAAAUACUUUCAUAAUUCAUAGUAUACUCACAUACAGACAUACAUAUGACUGCGCACACGAUAGAUAUACAGAAUUAAGCAAAUGAUGUAGAAUAUAUACAAAACCUUUUAAGUAACAGUCUUCAAUGGUAUAGUGAUGAUUACGAUAAGCGAAAAGCUAGUGUUUUGCUUUAAGUAGUGGAACUGCAAUGGCUGGAUCGGGGUUUCGUGGUCACGUUAUAACAUUUUAAUGGAUGUUAGAUUAGUACUAAGCAGAAAGCAACAGAACACAGAGGCCAGUUGAAAAUAGACAACCAAAAUAGAACGAUAUGAACGCAUUAUUUACAUAUAGACCACCAAGAUCGUUUUCUAAUGCGUUACCCCAGUGCAUCGAAAUUACGUCUUUCUGGCUUCUUUCACCUGAAUGAACGAAAGAAGGAGAAAGAGAAAAAAGCGUGUACAAUGAUAAAAUAUAGCUAAUAAUGGAAUGAUAACGGUGGACGUUGCAGCAAAAGAAUGUAAGUAAGUAAGCAUGGCAACAAUGUAACAAUUAACUGAAAUACGUUGUACAAACAUAAACAUGCGUGGAUAAACAGUAGAAACGUCGAAUCAAGCAUCGAAGAUGCUCAUCGAUAUUUAGUUUAAUUGUUUCAGGAUUACUAUAUGGAAAGAUGAGGUGACGAAUUCAUGUAAGAACCAGCAAGAACAUGAAACAUGUUAUAAUAUUAAUGAAGUAGUUAUAGCGAUGAUAGCAUAUACUAUACGAUAAUUGUUUGUGGCUUAGGGAAGUGGGCAACAGCUAAAACGUACAUUAAGAUCUGAUUGUCGUUUUUCCCUCGAAUUCAUCCGAAAUGAAGUGAAAAAGCUGCACCGGUUUUUUUUUUUAACUCUUUUUGUAGUUGGCAGGGUGGUUUUCUGUCGAGAACCUCUUAGCAAGGACAAUUCGUACAUCUUCGAUGGACGACGGGACGAGGGGUCAUGAAUACUGGGUUGUUUUUGCUGUCUCGACGCUACCUAAAUGGUCGAGAAUGUCUUUGUAAGAUCAAGCCGGAUAAAAUAACUUGUUCAUACAAAUCAAGUAAUGGAUUUUUCUGUGCACGCCCCAUCAUACAACCAUUGAAUAUAGAGGAAAUGCACGUAAAUAGGUCCAAGAAAUAGAACAGUUUUGAAGAAAACGGAAGAUGAGGAAAGUGGCUUAUAAAGAAGGGUGGCUAAUGUUGAUAAUGAUCACGAUGAUGGUCAGAAGAAGAAAAGCGUGAGGAAGGGGAGAAACAUUAUUAGGCAGAGCGCAGAGUACACGAAAAAAUGAAAAAAGAAGAACGUGUACCACUACUACAGACUAAACCAUUUUAGUUUGAUGCAUCGGUGUGCUGGUAAAGUGAAUUUGCUAAGUUAUUGGAACAUUAAGUAAAACUAAGUUUAAUGUUAUUGAAAGAAUGGAAAUUGGAAAGAAGGCGAUAACCGUAAUGAUGAAAGGUAGAAUGAAACAAAAAGUCGAGAUGGUUACGAGACAACUGAAUAAACCACAAAUGAGUACUUAA